AUGAUCUCCUUAUUACCAAUAGAAUACCUCCAAUCCCUACUCGAUAUCUUUAAUUCCAUAUUCGAUUCAGGCUCCUUUCCGAGUACCUGGCGUCAUUCCCUUGUUUUUCUUAUCCCUAAAUCAUCACCCGGCAAACUUCCCGACCAAUCUUUUCAAUUCGGAUUUCGUAAGAGAGCCUCAUGCCUCGACAACCUUGGCAUAUUAUGCACAGAAAUCCAUCGAGGAUUCAUUUCCAAACACGCGACAUGUGCUCUAUUCCUCGAUGUUCAGGGGGCGUUUGACAAUAUAGUCCCUGCUAUUUUGGUGUCUCACCUAAUCGACUUGGGCCUUCCGCCUAAAUUUUGCUGGUUUGUGUUUCAGCUGAUUUGUUUCAGAGAGCUGCAGUUCGUGAUCGACGGAAGUUUGACGGAGCGACUCUAUUCGUACAAGGGGAUUCCGCAGGGGUCCAUCUUGAGCCCGAUUCUUUUCAAUAUUUAUCUGGCCAAAUGUGGGUCGGCCCUGACUCGACACUGCAAUAUAGUCCAGUUCGCCGACGACAUAGCCUUGUUUGUCCGUUCGGAAGACAUUGCGUCUUCCUUACUGACUCUUCAGCAGUCUGCGGAGGCGCUCUCAGAUUUUUUACGGGAAAGGGGGCUAAACGUGUCUCCUUCCAAAUCUUCCCUAAUGAUAUUCACCAAUAAAAGAAGUGUUCCGGCGAAUAGUUCGAUUCAUCUCGGAGACUACGAGAUCCGUCCGGUCCCAUCCGCCAGAUUUCUGGGAGUGCUGCUUGACGCGCGCCUCACCGGGGCUCUCAAUGCCAAACUAAUUAUCAAUAGAUGCAAUAAACUUUCUAACAUUAUUAAAUUCCUAAGGGGAGUCUGGUGGGGAUCCGACCAGCGAACCUUGCUUGGCAUUUAUAAGGCUCUAAUCAGAGGGACUACGAACUACGCCGCCUUCCUCUUUCCGCAUCACAACGGGGCUUUGGCGGAGAGGCUCGAGAGGGUGUCCCGCAGAGCCCUGAGGCACUGUAUUGGUCUGAGGAACUCCACUCCCUGCAAUAUCGUGUACGCUGAGUCGGCUGUUGGUCCGGCCCGAUUCAGGUCCAACUAUUUAGCUCAAAAACUUCUAAUCAAAUCCCUGGCCAGCAGGCCAAGUCCCCUGAUUGGUAAAUUGGAGGAUCUGCAUGCUGACCACUUUGGAUCUGGUUUCCGCACUGACCUCCUGGGCAAGUUCCCGUUGUAUCGCGCCUUCCGAGCCGUAAAGGACUACAAACACAGAAUUGCAACUUUCACGAGGAUACCGUUGUACUUGUUCUCCUAUGAAACUUCGACUUUCGUUCCGGAAGUCGACUUCACACCAUCCUCGGUCGUGGAUGACAUCAGAUCUGCUUCAAUUCCGCAGCUUGUCUUUCAUUCGCACUUUCAGGACAUUAUCGUGAAUAGAUGCUCAUUCUUCACAGAUGCAUCCAAAUCUGAAGCGCUCCCGCACUUAGGCGCAGCUUAUUAUUCUCCUGAUAUUCAGAUACAGCGAAAAUAUAAGCUCAAUAGCUUCUUUUCAAUCUUUUCCGCUGAAUGCAUUGCUAUAAUCUACGCUAUGGAUUGCAUCUUGGAAAGAGCCAUCAAAAAAUCCGCGAUAUUUACUGAUGCCCGCAAUGUCGUAGAGACUCUAUCAAACAACUCCCAGGAUAGAGACCUCUCUUAUCUAAUUUUCGUUCUGAAAAACAAGCUGAGGUCUGCUUUCUUGCAGAAUCUCGAUGUCAUCAUAGUCUGGGUUUCUUCUCAUGUAGGAAUUUUAGGGAACGAAACGGCGGACUUCCUCGCGGGAGAGGCUGCGAGAGAGGGCGGGGCGACAAACUAUCUCCCUCCCCACUCUGACUUUUAUGCCAUAGCCAAAGAGAAAUAUUUUUCAGUAACCAAAAAAUACCUGUCAGCUCGAUCGGAAAUCAAGGCCUCCAUAGAUGUGGUCUCGUCCCUCACCCCCGGUGUCAUUGUGGAUUGUCUCGCCAGGACAUUAACCACAUCCUGUGGUCCUGCCCAUUGUAUGAGUGCCACCGCGCCCCUAUGUUGCAGUCUCUACGUGAAACUGAAGUCGCCUCCUCCCUACGACGUGUUUGUCCUGUUGAAGAAUCCUUCUAUCCGGGUCAUCAACCCCGUCCUUGCCUUCCUUCGCAGGACUGACCUGCAUCCGUGA